AUGUACAUGUCACCUCUGGUGAGCCUUGACUUAGGUGCCCCGGUGGCUGGCCUGGCCUGGUCGUACUUCAGCAGCAGUGUUAUUGUUGGGGUGACGGACGAGGGUCGUGUCUACGUGUACGACCUCUUCGUCCGCAAAUGUCGCCCGUGUGUGCAGAAUAUUCUGCAAAGACGUCGUUCUGCUCUCUCCUGCGUCGCCUUCAGUCCCUUACCCGUCAUUCUGGUGGGUGGAGAGAGAGGAUACCUUCUGACGCUGAAGUUGUCGCCCAACCUGAGGAGAAACCACAAGACCAGAGAUGAGCUGAGCCCGAGGGAGGCAGAGGUGUGUAAGAUGGAGCGUAUCAUCGCAACCACCAGGAGCAAACUCAAGUAG